CGGGCAUCGUCUGCUUUCUUCACCACCCUUUGCUGUAGCACCUUGACCUUCAGUGAUCCUUCCAUGCAGGAGGUUCAUCUUCCAAGUGCAGCAAGGAGUUGGGCUGGCCCUCGAUGGCUUCCUUGGUGGCUUAUGACGAUUCGGACUCAGAGGCUGAGCUGGAACCUUCGGGGCGUCUCACUGCUACCGGCCAGGCAGAGGACCCGGCUGGUGUGGCCAGCCCUCCUGAGCAGGAGCUCGUACCUGGCCUGUUGACCCCGAUGGCAGUGUACCCACAGCCCACGAAGUCCAGCACUGAAGCUCCUGGCCACCUCUGUGAAGAGCGGGGUGGCCACCGCCUCCCGAUGGUCCCUAUUGGGAGAACUGAGGGGAGGUGUGGCCCCAGCCUCAGGCUGCAGUGGUCCCGGACGGAGCCAGCCAUCACUGCCGCCCGAAGCGAGCCGCCUGGCAGUUCCCUGUGGCUCAGCCAACCUCGUGCUGGCCCCCUACCUCUGACGGCUGCCCACUUUGGGGGAGUGAGACCCUCCCAGGAGAGCUGCGCCCCUACUGAGCCGGCCUUCUGGGCUCCGACCAUGUCUGAAGUGUCCCCGGGAGACAAUGGCAGCUCUUUCCGGAAGCCGAAGCACGAGGACUGCGUCAUCCCAUACACCCCGAAAAGGCUGAGACAGUCACCAGCUGCACCCCCAGCCUUGGAUGGCAGUGCGGGUGCAGAGCCCCAGGGCCCCUUGGCGGGGUGUGUCCCCCGCCCAGCCCUACGCGGUCUGGCCCCCCGGGUGUCCGAGUUCAUCCGGCCAUACUUGGACUGCCCGUCCACAGAGACCCAGCUGCCCAGGCGUGUGCUCUUCCACCUGCGGGGCCAUGAGGCCCCCGUCAACAGCGUGCAGUGGUGCCCCGUUCCUGCCCAGAGCCACCUGCUUCUCUCAGCCUCCAUGGACAAGACCUUUAAGGUGUGGGACGCCGUGGACACAGGGCACUGCCUGCAGACCUACCCCCUGCACACCGAGGCCGUGCGGGCUGCCCGCUGGGCCCCCUGUGGCCGGCGCAUCCUGAGUGGCGGCUUCGACUUUGCCCUGCACUUAACAGACCUCGAAACAGGGACCCCACUCUUUAGUGGUCAGAGUGACUCUAGAAUCACCACCUUGAAAUUCCAUCCACAAGACCACCACCUCUUUGUCUGUGGGGGCUUCAGCUCCGAAAUCAAGGCUUGGGACGUACGGACCAGCAAGGUGGUGAGACGCUUCACGGCGACGGUGCAGCAGACCCUGGACAUCCUCUUCCUCAGGGGUGGCACUGAGUUUCUGAGCAGCACCGACGCGUCCAGCCGGGACUCAGCUGACCGCACCAUCAUCGCCUGGGACUUCCGCACCUCGGCCAAGAUCUCCAACCAGAUUUUCCACGAGAGGUACACCUGCCCCAGCCUCGCCUUGCACCCGCGGGAGCCAGUGUUUCUGGCCCAGACCAAUGGCAACUACCUGGCCCUCUUCUCCGCCGUGUGGCCUUACCGCAUGAGCAGGCGUCGGCGCUAUGAGGGACACAAGGUGGAAGGCUAUUCAGUGGGCUGUGAGUGCUCCCCAGAUGGGGACCUGCUGGUGACAGGCAGUGCCGACGGUCAGAUCCUGCUGUACAACUUCCGCACAGCCAGCCGGGCAUGUGCUCGGCAGGGACACACACAGGCCUGUGUCGGCGUCACCUUCCACCCCGUGCUGCCCUGUGCCCUGGCCACCUGCUCCUGGGACGGCGCUGUGAAAGUCUGGCACUGAGCCGCUGUGGUAGAUGCUCAGGACGCUGCCUGCCCAACCCCCUCCGACGCCAGACCUACCUCCAGGACUCUACAGGCCCCGGUUUCCCCAUCUGUACAGUGGGGACCCAAGUCCAUUUGUCUCGGCGCGGGGACGAGUCACUGAGAGCACGUCAAUAAAUGCAGCCUGUGUGGCUGGACUUUGGCUGA